AACUAGUGGAAGCAAGAUCAAAUCAUCUCCUCCAAGCCACGAGAUCUUCAAAUAUCUGGUGCCAUUAUUAUUUGCUGCCGUCGCCAUGAAGUGUCAAGUCAAAAAUGUGGAUCCAUUUGAAGCACGCCCAAUAAACAUGUGGUGCUUUGUUAUAGCCACAAUCAUCUACAGCAUUACAUUGGGAAUAAUGGAACGAAAUAAAAACCAUGCUGCAAAAUACUUGCAAAUCAUAGACCAUGUUAUUCUCGUCUCUGGAGCUCUUUCUUCUGUCUCAUUACUAUCGGUCCUCCUCGCAGGCAGCCUCGGAUAUUCGGAAUUGGUCCACCUAAGGCAACGUGGCAUGGCAGCGCAGCCAAAUCCAUCACUGCGAGU